GCAGCCCAGCUUGGCCUCUCCCCUAGUAUAAAAACUCCAACACCAGCAUCUUUUCUUCCUCUUUCUGUUACCUGGCUAAGGGGAGCAGCUGCCUUGGAGUGAUUUCAUAACACCGAAACUAAGUAAUCAUGGGCAAGGAAAAGGUACACAUCAACAUCGUGGUUAUCGGCCACGUCGACUCCGGAAAGUCAACCACCACCGGCCAUCUCAUCUACAAAUGCGGUGGUAUCGACAAGAGAACCAUUGAGAAGUUCGAGAAGGAAGCCGCUGAGAUUGGCAAGGGCUCCUUCAAGUAUGCCUGGGUGCUGGACAAACUGAAGGCCGAGCGUGAGCGUGGUAUCACCAUCGACAUUGCUCUCUGGAAGUUCGAGACCACCAGGUAUUACGUCACAAUCAUUGAUGCCCCUGGCCACAGAGACUUCAUCAAGAACAUGAUCACUGGAACAUCUCAGGCCGACUGUGCUGUGCUGAUUGUUGCUGCCGGUGUGGGUGAGUUUGAGGCUGGUAUCUCCAAGAACGGACAGACCCGUGAGCACGCCCUCCUGGCCUUCACCCUGGGAGUGAAACAGCUCAUCAUUGGCAUCAACAAGAUGGACAACACAGAGCCCCCAUACAGCCAGAAGCGUUACGAGGAAAUCACCAAGGAAGUCAGCACCUACAUCAAGAAGAUCGGCUACAACCCCGCGGCUGUGGCUUUCGUGCCCAUCUCCGGUUGGCACGGAGACAACAUGCUGGAGGCCAGCACCAAGAUGGGAUGGUUCAAGGGAUGGGCCAUCGAGCGUAAGGAGGGCAAGGCCAGCGGUACUACUCUCCUGGAAGCCCUGGACUCCAUCCUGCCCCCAGCUCGUCCCACCGACAAGGCCCUCCGUCUGCCCCUGCAGGACGUCUACAAAAUUGGAGGUAUCGGAACAGUACCCGUGGGUCGUGUUGAGACCGGUGUCCUGAAGCCCGGCAUGGUCGUCACUUUCGCCCCAUCCAACGUCACCACUGAGGUCAAGUCCGUGGAGAUGCACCACGAGUCCCUCCCCGAGGCUCUGCCCGGUGACAACGUUGGCUUCAACGUCAAGAACGUGUCUGUCAAGGACAUCCGUCGUGGAAACGUUGCUGGAGACAGCAAGAACGACCCACCCAUGGAGGCUGCCAACUUCAACGCCCAGGUCAUCAUCCUGAACCACCCCGGUCAGAUCAGCGCUGGAUACGCACCUGUGCUGGAUUGCCACACCGCUCACAUCGCCUGCAAAUUCUCCGAGCUCAAGGAGAAGAUCGACCGUCGUUCCGGCAAGAAGCUUGAGGACAACCCCAAGAACCUGAAGUCUGGAGAUGCCGCCAUCGUCGAGCUCAUCCCUGGCAAGCCCAUGUGUGUCGAGAGCUUCUCCGACUACCCUCCCCUCGGUCGUUUUGCCGUGCGUGACAUGAAACAGACCGUGGCUGUUGGAGUCAUCAAGAGCGUGGAAAAGAAGGCCGCUGGUCAGGGCAAGGUCACAAAGGCUGCACAGAAGGCUACCAAGAAAUGAAUUUCUCUCCGUCGAGCUGCUGCUCAGGACACUGUGGGCACUCUACACCCCAGAGUUUCACUCGACCUGGGCUCUCUACUUAAGGACUGGCUAAUGCUGAUUAAAACUCAUCGUAAAUAUUUCCGCAGGAAAGGAAACCAACAUGGACGCUAAAGAAACACGAUAAAUGUAACUUGUGGCUUUGUUUUAAACUUUGACUGAGUAUCAGUUAUUAUUAAGUUGAGAAAGUGGGUUUAAGAUCUUGCAACUAUUUGCCACUGAUAAAAUUCGGAAGGAAGAGCUGCUCAACUAAUAAAGACCUAAAAAAAAUCGAAA